GUAGUGCGCACUUCGCGGUCAGGCGCACUGCGGACACCUAAACACACAGAGUGUGACGUCAAGGACCUCCGCCUCCUCCCACACACACAGCAGCGUAAUGGCGGACUACGAUAGCUACGAUGAUCGGGCCUACAGCAGCUUCGGCAGCAACAGAGGGCGCGGCGGCAGCGGCGGCCCCGCAGGCGGCAGAAGGAUGAAGGAGCUUCCGACAGAGCCGCCCUACACCGCCUACGUGGGCAACCUGCCCCUCCACAUAGUGCAGGGCGACAUCGACAAGAUCUUCAAGGACCUCAGUAUUCGCAGCGUGCGCCUCGUGCGUGACAAAGACACGGACAAGUUUAAAGGUUUUUGCUACGUGGAGUUUGAUGAUCUGGACUCUCUUAAAGAGGCGUUAGCAUACGACGGCGCUGAGUUAGACGACAAAUUUCUGCGGGUGGACAUCGCAGAGGGACGGAGACAACCGCGAGGAGGAGGAGGAGCUGGCUUUGGCUUCCCUAAAGACGAGGGCCGAGGCCGAGGAGGUUUCCGAGGCGGCGCCCGAGGAGGACGUGACGGUCGCGAGGACUUCUUCGAUCAAUCGGGUGGAGCCUUCCGAGAGGACGACUACAUGGGAGGGCGGAGUCGUGGAGGCGGCAGCAGUCGUCCCGGUGACAGAAGGGGGGCGGGGCCAGGCGAGGGCGGCAGCUCCAUGGGUCGCUUCAGAGAGGGCCCGCCGCCCCGUGGAGCAAUGACAGAUUUUAGGGAGCCGUCUGAAGAGGAGCGGGCGCAGCGGCCUCGCCUGCAGCUGAAGCCUCGGACCGUCUCCGAGCCACUCAACCAGGUCGCCAACCCCAACUCCGCCAUCUUUGGCGGCGCCAAGCCGCGAGUGGAGGUGAUUCCCCAAGAAAAACCCUAAGACUGACGAAGGCCGCCGCGGCCGGUUUGGGGGGAGGGGGGGUGGGGCCUGGACGUUUGUGAUAGUGAAUUUGAACACGAAGAAAGAUAUAUGCGAAAGACGAGUUGGAACGCCACGCAGCGUCGCGUUCCUUACCCCCUUUUUUUCCUCUUUCUCUUUCUUCUUCUUCCUCGCAGUUGGAGUAUAUUAUUUAUUCUUAGAAUAAUAAGCACUCAACGGGCAUCUUGUCAAUGCAUGUUUGGGUUUCUCAGCCCCGCCCCCACGUCAGCUUACUGUGAUGUCACACCUGGUCCCUCCGCUCCCCCCACUUGUCAUUGGAAGACGUUAAAGUGCGGUAGUCAUUAAACAGAACCCCCCCCCCCCCCCUAAUCUUUAAAGAUGAACAAAUGUUGCUACUUUUGCUCAUCGUAGAUAUCAGCGCGCUUUAUUGGCUCCUCCCACUGAUGCUCUUCUUAUAGCCACAGGGGGCACUCCUGAGUACAAUCAGUCUGACGGGAGGCAGCAAAAGCUAGUCCAUAUGCUACGCUAUCUCUAUUAAAUCUCUGAUUUUAAUACAAAAUGUUCUCUGAUUGGUCCACACUGAAGAACACUUUCGCCAGUAGGUGGCGCUACUACACGCCACGUCACAGCACCAGACUUACCUAUAAUCUGCGCUCUCGUCUUUUCCCUCCUUCCAUUUCGCUGUCACUCCUCCCAUCUUUUCGUCCACGCUACUUAACAUCGACUCGUUUCCUGCCAGACGGUGGCAGGAUGGCGGGAGAGAAGAAAGUCAAUCUACAAUGUUGUCAUUCUGUGUUUUUUUUUUUCCCCCCA